GACCCGUGAGAGAGCUCCCCUUUUUUCCUGAGCGUUCACAGUGGCGAGAGAGAAGAGAGGGAGGGAGAGGCGGAGACCGGGAGGAGAUGCAUCGAGCUCUGCUUUUCCGCCAUUUCAGGGGAAGAACUCUCGGGGCUUUGGAUGGCGUUGCCCAUGGAAGAACCGCCAUCAGUCGCCAAAUCGAACCAGCGGCUUAUAUAGCUUCAUCAGUCUCUUCAAGCAAGCAAUUUUCAACAGCAUCUCGACAUAACGUAUCUGCAAGCACUUCUCCACCUGAGAAGCCUCCGAGCUCAGGAAGCGGAGCAUUAAUUCUUGGUAGUGCUGCUGUUGCUGCUGUUUUUUUAGCAGCUCAUCAAGCUGGCUAUAUAGAAUUACCUGGUAAAAGUAAAGUUCAUAAGUCACCUGACUUAGCCAUUCCUGGCACUACAAACCAAAAACCUGAAGAUGUGGAAAAUGGGGUAGAAAACCUACUCAUACCAGAGCGUGGUGAGGACACAGAUUUGGUUUCUCAUGAGAAACGGGAGAAUGUUGCAGUCCAAGGUACUGAUGAAGAGCCUGAAGUUACUGAGGCAGUCAUCACAAGUACAAAUCAUACGCAUGGGAGCAGUUACGAAGGUGAAAGUCAACAAAAAGAAGGCACAAGCAUUCAAUUUUCAGAAAGCUUGCCUGAUACAUGGAAACAAACUUCUUCUGAAGAUGAUCUAUUGCUGAAAAAUAAGGUUCCUGCACAGAGCCCAUCUCAAGAAGGCACCUCUGAUAUCUUUAAGCAUGAAAAUGAAGCCAGUCAAGAAGACCUUAAUGUUGAAGUUGAACAUGAAGCCAAAGAGAAUUCUCAGGUGCAUGAAAGUGUGCUUCAAUCCGAAGAGCCAGUUUUGCCCCAAGGUAGAGAAGACGAAUCAACUCACAGAAGUCUGGAAGAUUCUCUUUCUGAUGACUACCUUCUUCAGGAUGAGAGCUCUAAGCUCCCCUUUCCAGGGAACCAUAACCAGGAGGUGGAAGUUCCUCUACACGAUCCCAAUAAAGAUGCUUCUAAAGAUGAAAAGCUAGUAGUAGACUUGAUAGAAGCCAUUCAUGCUGCUGAAAGAAAGCAAGCUGAAUCAGAUGCUAACAUAUUUUCUGAAGAAAAGCGACUGUUGGAGGAGAAGUAUAAAAGAGAACUAAAGGAUGCUUGGGCAAGGGAACUUAUGUAUGCUGAAGAGGCUGCAAGCUUAAAUAAGGAGCUGAACAAAGAAAGGGUAAAGUCAUCUGCUUCAAUCAAGUUGCUUGAGGAGAAGGCAGAGGAGAAGCUAAAGGUUGAAUUACAGCGAAAGGAAGAAGAAGCAGAAUUGGAGUUGAAAAAAGCGAAGGAGCUUGCAAAAGCAGAAAUAGCAGCAGCAAUUGCAAGUGAGAAGUCAUCCCAGCUAGAGAAACUGGCUGAGGCCAAUCUUCAUAUUAAUGCUUUAUGCAUGGCAUUUUAUGCCCGAUCAGAAGAGGCACGCCAAAGUCACUCUGUUCACAAGCUUGUCUUGGGAAUUCUUGCUUUAGAAGAUGCGUUAGCAAAAGGCCUUCCAAUUGGGAAAGAGAUAUCUUCUCUGCAGACUUCUGUAGAUGGCAUUGACAGAGACUCGUUUCUAGAUCUGGUGCUUUCAUCGCUUCCAGAUGAGACAUUGAAGCUUGGUACAUAUACACACUUGCAACUAAAUCAAAAGUUUGAAGCAUCGAAAAGAACACUGCAGCAUCUUGCACUUAUACCAGCUGGUGGUGGUGGUUUGCUAGCACAUUCCUUAGCUUUUGUCGCAUCUUUUCUUAAGGUGAGAGAAGAUACUGAAUCAGGAAAAGGUAUUGAAUCUGUAAUUAGUCAAGUGGAGAGAUUUUUAGCAGAAGGGAGACUUGCUGAAGCAGCGGAGGCAUUGGAGCUUGGUGUGUCUGGUAGCCAGGCAGAGGGGCUUGCAUCUGAGUGGGUAAAGUUGGCAAGAAACAGGGCAAUAACAGAGCAAGCACUUUCAUUGCUCCAAUCAUAUGCUACCGCUGUCAGUUCUACUUAAAUCUUGAAAUCUGAUGUGGGAAUGUUGCCAUGUACACUGUCAUUCUGUGAGCACCAUCCCUUUUCACCUAAUUCUUUUUGCUGUCUUUGUACCUUGAGGGAGAUUCCCCUCACACGAAUCUUGUCAAUUUUGCACCUUUGGCCUUUAAACUGCUUUGGAGGUGGAAAAAUCCAGCUGCAGGUACUCCUGCUUUUUUUGGUCAUUGUGUCCACACAUUCCAAUUAGCCACUCAUGUGUGCGAUAGAAAUACAAAUGAUUUUGAUGUCGAGAGAAACUUGUAAUAAUGUACUUGCAUGGGAAAAAGGAAAUGGGCUCUUCAACAUGGGGAAUGAAACGGAGGCCUUUUGUUAUGUACUUUAUGUUAAAAGGAGGAAUAUGUGGAUGAAUAAAAUUCUUGCUGACCUUGAUGCUUC